AAUUCGUUUCCUCACGAUCGACUCGUUACAGUCUCUGUGUGAGCUAAGGACGGAAAUUUUGCAGACCAUCUUCCUCAGUACUUCGUGCUUAUAAAAGAAAUCAACCGAAAAUGCGUGAAUGUAUUUCUGUCCACGUUGGCCAAGCCGGUGUCCAGAUCGGUAAUGCCUGCUGGGAACUGUACUGUCUUGAGCACGGAAUUCAGCCCGAUGGCCAGAUGCCAAGCGACAAGACCAUUGGAGGCGGUGACGAUUCUUUCAACACUUUCUUCAGUGAGACCGGCGCUGGAAAACACGUGCCCCGUGCCGUAUUUGUCGACUUGGAACCAACUGUAAUCGAUGAGGUCCGUACUGGUACAUACCGCCAACUAUUUCACCCAGAACAACUGAUUACUGGUAAAGAAGAUGCCGCCAACAACUACGCCCGAGGCCACUACACCAUUGGUAAAGAAAUUAUCGACUUGGUUUUAGACAGAAUACGCAAGUUAGCCGAUCAAUGCACAGGGCUGCAAGGUUUCCUCAUCUUCCACAGCUUUGGCGGCGGCACUGGUUCUGGUUUCACAUCGUUGUUGAUGGAACGUCUCUCUGUCGACUAUGGUAAGAAAUCCAAGCUUGAGUUUGCUGUAUAUCCAGCCCCUCAGGUCUCCACCGCUGUCGUCGAACCAUACAACUCCAUCCUGACAACCCAUACCACCCUGGAACACUCUGACUGUGCAUUCAUGGUUGACAACGAAGCUAUCUACGAUAUCUGUCGCCGUAACCUUGACAUCGAACGUCCAACCUACACCAACUUGAACCGUUUGAUUGGCCAGAUUGUUUCCUCCAUCACCGCAUCUCUUCGUUUUGAUGGUGCCCUUAAUGUCGACUUGACUGAGUUCCAGACCAACCUGGUGCCCUACCCACGUAUCCACUUCCCACUGGCCACCUACGCUCCAGUCAUCUCCGCUGAGAAGGCCUACCAUGAGCAGUUGUCCGUUGCUGAAAUCACCAAUGCCUGCUUUGAGCCAGCCAACCAGAUGGUGAAAUGCGACCCCCGCCACGGCAAGUACAUGGCAUGUUGUAUGUUGUACCGUGGUGAUGUUGUACCAAAAGAUGUCAACGCAGCCAUCGCUACCAUCAAGACCAAGCGUACCAUUCAGUUCGUCGAUUGGUGUCCCACUGGUUUCAAAGUUGGUAUCAACUACCAACCACCAACCGUUGUUCCCGGCGGUGACCUGGCUAAAGUGCAGCGUGCCGUCUGCAUGUUGAGCAACACUACAGCCAUCGCCGAGGCCUGGGCUCGCCUUGACCACAAAUUCGAUUUGAUGUACGCCAAACGUGCCUUCGUUCACUGGUAUGUUGGAGAAGGUAUGGAGGAAGGUGAAUUCUCCGAGGCUCGUGAAGAUCUCGCAGCUCUGGAGAAGGACUACGAAGAGGUCGGCGUCGACUCCGUUGAAGGCGAAGGCGAGGAAGAAGGUGAAGAAUAUUAGAUUGCAGAUCACCAAGACACUCGUCUGCAACUAUACUGUCAAAAGAUCCCACUCUAAAUAGAACUAUAAGACAAGUUACAAUAUGUAUAUUCGUGAAAAAUGUUAUUGUCGUUGAAUUCGGGCAUACAUUAAAAGAUCGUAACAGCAAAAUAAUAUAUUUGUGUGGUUAAUGUAAUUAAAAAGAGUGUCAGUAACUAUGCCAACA